AUGGAUGCGUUGACCCCCAGAGAGUCCCCCAAGCGCGACGGUUCGAUGGUAACGACUACGGCCACUGCUGCCUCUGCCAAACCAGAAGCCCUGGGCAUAAGCACGGAAGGAAUAGUCCACGGCCACAUCCAUAACUACAACAACAUGACCUAUAUCCAUGGCCACCUUCACCACAGUGCGGCUGCGGAUGACGGCGGGGCCGCUGCUGCCACCGCCAAUACUGCAUUUGCAUCCGAUGCUAGCCAUGCAGCGGGUAGCGGUGGCCAUGCCAAUGAGAAGUGUAAAGAGUACGUUGAUUGCCAGCAUUUUGAGUUUUUGAACUACCAUAACAAUUCCUCUCUGGCGAAAUAUAAUGACACUGAGACAUAUAAAGCUGGUCUGAAGAAUGGUGUGCCCUUCGCAAAAAGUUUCAAUCCGGUAGCUGCUAAGCUAACAAGCCCGCAGGUCGAGUCCAAGAAGGACCUGUCCCACAGGAAGGACUCUUGGUUUAAUGACGACUUGAUAUUAUUGCCCUCUGCCAAGAAAAGCAAGCCAAACCCGCAAUCUGAAACCGAUGACUGUUACUGUACGCCCAAGAUUCUGGAAAUUUGCUGUGACGAAAGCCACCCCACAAAUGCAUCUAAUACUAAACAAAAUAAGCCUGACAACUCAGCCAAGACAUUCAAACCCGAGGAUGAUAACGAUGUUAUAAUAUUUACAGAUGUGAAAAAUGACUACUCUAUGUCGAAUAUUAACCUCCAUGACCAGUACCACAAUACUAGCGGCCACGAAGCUCACGGCCAUAACAAUAACAUGCCUGAUAGCUUAUCUCAGCUUAUGUCUCAUUUAUCAGAAAUAGAUUGCAAUUUGACUUGUGAUACUCCAUGCGCCACGACCACCGACCUCAAUCAUACUCAAGAUAGCCAACCAUUAAACAACGAUGAAGUUUUCCAAAAGUACUGCAAAUUUUGUGAUGAAAAGACCGACAAUCAACCUUGUCCCAGACAUAUGCAUCUCGGCUCCAAGCAACCUCAGCUGACGCCGAAACUUUCGUCUUUGACACCUCCCGCCAAAACUGUACAGGCGUCAAACCAUUCUUAUCAUGAACAUAUCUUAAAUUCAGAUAUGGAUCUAAAAAUCUUGGAGGAUUUGUGCAACAUCUCGUCCUUGUAUGAAGUACCGUUUGGGAAACACAUGAGUCACCACAACCACAUUCACACUGGUGAGGUUGAUCCUGGUAUGGUGAAUCAAAGUAACGGUAAUCAAACCAUGAAUCUAUUACUAUCAAGCAUCAACAGGUGCGAUCCCAAGAAUAACAUUAACAGCAACAUUAACGACAACCCUCUAACUGAAAUGGCUGCAACUGAUCAUCAACACCAUCAUCACAGGAUACAGCUGCACUCUCACAAACCAAACAAAAUUGGUAAUACUAGCAACCCCCCUGCAGUGCCCACCACGAAUACACCAGCUGACCUAACUAACAGUGAUUUGAAUGAGUUAAUUUCCAGAGAAUAUAGUUACGAGAGGUUUAAAAAUCAAAGCGAGCCGCCUUUGCCACCCAAACUUAUUCAUCAGACUCAAACAAAUCGUAGAUCUUGGCUCACCAAGGACCAUGAGUCUAAUGAUUUCAGCUCCCUGCAUAAUACAUUAUCUUCCAGCGUUUCGCCCCCAGUUGAAACAACAAGUACGAUAAAUUUCAACUGGUGCUUUAAAGAAGAAAACAAUAAUGACUUAAAAUGUAAAUGGAAAGAAUGUCCGGAAUCCUGUACCUCUCUGUUUGAUUUACAAAGACACCUGUUAAAGGACCAUGUUUCACAAGACUUCAAAGACUCCCUAGAACCACUAACGUGCAAUUGGGAGGAUUGCGAUUUUCUGGGGGAUGAUACAUGUUCCAUUGUCAACCAUAUUAAUUCCCAGCACGGCAUCAACUUCGACAUCCAAUUCGCCAACCCAGACUCAUUUUUACAGGGUGGUUUGUCAAAGGAAAAACACCAUCUCUUACAUUGCCCGAAUCCUCAAACACAUGAACAUUCAUCUGGUUUGGAACUAUCAGGAAAUGACACAACCAACACAUCACCGUCCGAACAACUCGAACAAGUCCUUUGUCAAUGGGAUGGUUGUAAUAAGCAAUUUUCCAAUGCUCAAGAGUUAAAUGACCAUUUGGAAUCAGCACAUUUAACACGAGGAAAAUCUAAAUAUCAAUGCUUAUGGCAUGACUGUCACCGUACUUUCCCCCAAAGACAAAAACUAAUACGCCACUUGAAAGUGCAUUCAAAAUAUAAACCUUACAAAUGUAAGACUUGCAAAAGAUGCUUUUCUAGCGAAGAAACUUUGGUUCAGCAUACCAGAACGCAUUCUGGUGAGAAACCUUACAAGUGUCAUAUAUGUGAUAAAAAAUUUGCGAUUUCAAGUUCUCUAAAGAUUCAUAUAAGAACUCAUACCGGCGAAAAGCCUCUACAAUGUAAGAUAUGUGGUAAGAGAUUCAACGAAUCAUCGAAUUUGAGCAAGCAUAUCAAGACCCAUAAGAAAAAGUACAAGUGUGCUGACUGUUCUAAAAGUUUUGAUGAUUUAGUGAAAAUGAAUUCACAUAAAGUGAAAUGCUUAUUGGAAAGGGAAACAUAUCUAUGA